AAGAGCGGACGGAACUAUACGACUCGUCUCGUAGCUAACGUCUUCCCAAGCCUCUGGGAACGAUACCCGGUUGGAGGGAGCACAAGGGAGGAAGAGUAGCAGUUGCCCAAAGAGGCGUCCCGAUGAGGUGCGAGUUCCAUGCCCUAGGUCCCAGACUAGGAUUCUGGCUCGAGGGUGACGGCCCAGCGUGGCCGGCGAUGAUCUGCUUGGGUCUCGAAUGGCUGGGUGAUACAACGCCGGACUCAGCUACGCGCACCCAGGUUCAACGCCCGUCCUACUCGCGACAUUUAGCCAAUCCGCGAGGAAGAAUUCCCUCCUUCUCUGCGGGCCAAGCCCCCUCCCCGGUCGAGGGAGACGGGAAAUAGGGGAGGGGGUCGUGCCACACUUUCUCGGGAAGCAAUUGCUGCUGCGCUGCGGGAAGACCCGGUUCA